UAUGCUCUUAAAGACAAUCAUUUCCUACACAGCUUAUUUACGUAUAAUUUUAGACCACUUUUUGGCAUCAAUUUAUCCAUUACCUCUUGACUGCGGUGCAGCAGCAACCGUAGCAAAAAGCAAAUGGAGCCGCGAUACGAUUUUAAAAGAAAAUGGGUGACGUUGUCCAGUUCAGAUAUUUCUCGUCAACGCGCCCCCAGCUUCAAGCUUGUUUCGUACAACAUUCUGGCCCAGGACUUGCUGCUGGAGCAUAUAAAUCUUUAUUUAAAGAUUAAACAGGAGUGGCUAACCUGGCGUCGUCGUUUCGAAAACCUUCAACGUGAAAUAACAAAGCUGAAUCCUGACAUACUUUGUCUGCAGGAAAUGCAGUAUGAUCACUUGCCCCUGUUCGUACAGGGCCUUCAAAGUCGGAGCAAUGGCAAGCGAUUAGAAUAUGUAUACAAGAAAAAAACGGGACAUCGAACCGAUGGAUGCGCCAUUAUAUACGACUCACUUAAGUUCAAUCUAGUCGAACAGCGGUGUGUGGAACUCUAUGAUGACCGUGUAACGCUUUUGAAUCGGGAAAAUGUAGCCCUAUUGACAAAGUUUCGGCUGAAAGACAAUCAAAAACAACCAGAGGAAGAGCCGAAAGAGUUCAUUGUGGCCACCACCCAUUUGCUUUACAAUCCAAAGCGACAGGAUGUGCGCUGUGCUCAGAUCACAAAACUGUUGGAAGAACUACAAACGUUUACGGGCCUAGCUAAGCCCAUAAUUCUGACUGGAGACUUUAAUAGCGAACUUGACUCAUCACCAAUCGAAGUGCUGCUUAGGACGCAGCAUUCACAGAAAUCUUUCAAUUUUGAAGUAUUGGAUACGAGUGAAUCUGCAGCGUCUACAUUGCAACACGAUUGGAUCACUGUGGACUAUAUGCUGCGUUCGAACUGUGCCCAAAGUAAGCAUCAACUUCAGGUAGAUAGCAUUUAUACCUUGCCCAGCAUCGACAGUUGUUGUGAAACUGGGCCUAUACCUAACCACUACCUCGGAUCGGAUCACUACUCAUUGGGGGCAGUGUUUCGGGUCGUUUAGCCAAAUAAACUUGACUCAAAAUUA